GUUGUUACAAUAGGCUGUAUUUUAAAUACUUUAUAACUGUUAACUACGAUUUUGGGGACACGAAAGAGAUUGACCAUGAUUAACCAAAGGAAAUAUGAAAAGCGUCACACCUACAAUUCUAUGAAGAACGAAGGUAUCUGGUACUCUCACCUAGGACUACCACAAAUCAUAAAAACUAACACGGUAAAUAAGAAAACAAGCACUGGACGCGAUUUAACGUUUUGUACAGAGACGUGUCCUAUGAUCUUCAAAAACACAGAGCAGAAAACAGGAAACAGACAAUAUCCCUAUUCAGCCCAUGACAAUCGUGAUACUAUACACAGCGUGGAGACGUUUGAUGCUGGUUUGGGGCGUAAAAAGUAUUACAGUGACGGAAGAACGAACUACUCCCGCUUCUUCCUGUGGUCCCCUAGUAGAGCGGACGAGGACCUAGCUGGGCGCUUGUCGUCCUAUCGGACAGAUUACCUGGCCAUCCAGGUGUUACACACAGACACCUGGAACCACCGCCGCUUUCCCAGAAACCACCUGGAGAAAGCCAGCGCUGCACCGACUGUUGCCCAGGUGGAUACCCGAGCAACACCGUUACACCCUCAACCUCAAGGGCCACUGGCAGCCCCUCACUGGAGCACACUGGGGUUUUUACUGACUACAGGGCCCACUGCAAAAUGGGCCCUUUGA